AUGCAGUUCUCCAUCGUCGCUCUUCUCGUCGCCGCCACCGGUGCUCUUGCUUCUCCUAGCCGUGGUGGAGGCCAUGGUGGUGACCGUGGAAAUCGGGGCGGCGACCGCAACACGCAGACCGUCACCUGCACUGGUGGUUCUGCUUACUGCUGUUCCCCUGAGUACACUGACGGAGGCCUUUUCACCCACUACCAGUGCAACAAGAACAUCAACAGCUGCAACGUCCAGAGUACCAUUGUUUGCUGCGCCCAAAAUGUCCAAGGAAACAACAAUCACCAGUCGCAGAAAUGCUCUGCCUUCGGCAACCAGAAGGUUAUCUUUGACUAA